AUGCCUGCACGAAAUUCGCGUCCAAAACCCGGUGCCGUCGCCUCGCCAGCUCCAGAUACCAAGAAACGACCUUUCGAUGAGACAGAAGAAAAUUCGUUGUCACCGAGAAGGCCCAGGCGAACGAGAUCCACCACCGAGAACGUUACGGCGAAGCCAUUCCCCGCACUCGCGAACCAGGCACCCAGAAAACCAAGUAGACUGGUCAGUGCGAACAGCAAGAAGAGGGGAACAGCUGUAGAAAUCAAAGAGGAAGAGGCAAUCGAAGCUGAUGAUUUGAAAGCUGCUAUACGUAUUAAGAAACAAAAGCUGUCUAUAGCAGCGCAAGAAUCUGAUACAGGAGUCAAGAAGGAAGUCGAAAUCGAGGAGGAGGAAGAAGAAGAAGAAGAAAUAAUCGCAAAAAAAUCUACGAAAAAGCGAAAGACAAAAGCCGAGAAAGAUGCCGAGAUGUUACCUCUCGCUGCUAGGACCAAGGGACUACAGAUGUUUGUAGGGGCACAUGUUAGUGCCGCAAAGGGGGUCCAGAAUUCUGUCGUGAAUAGUGUGCAUAUAGGUGGGAAUGCCUUCGCCCUGUUCUUGAAAUCUCAGAGGAAAUGGGAGAACCCACCACUACAAGAUGAAAAUAAGGAACAAUUCUUGAAAUUCUGCCUUGACCAUGAAUAUGACGCAGCAAAAUAUAUCCUCCCACAUGGCUCCUACCUUGUGAACUUGGCACAAGAGGACGAAGCUAAGGCGAAGCAGGCCUAUGACUCCUUCCUGGAUGAUUUACAAAGAUGCGAAAAGCUUGGUAUCAGACUCUAUAAUUUCCAUCCAGGAGCAGCAGGCCAGACAACGGUAGAGUCGGCUAUUUCAAGGCUUGCCCAAUCCUUAACGAAAGCCCUUGCCGCAACUGAAACGGUCACUCCGGUAUUAGAGACGAUGUGCGGUCAUGGAACGACUCUCGGUGGUCCACUUUCCGAGCUUGGAGCCGUGAUCUCGCAAAUCCCGGAAAAGUACCAUUCACGUAUUGGAGUAUGCGUUGAUACAUGCCAUAGCUUCUCAUAUGGUUAUGACUUGGCAUCUCCAGAAGGAUUCAGGUCCUUCAUGCAAGAAUUUGACGACAAGAUUGGUCUGAAAUUUCUGAGAGCAUUACAUCUUAAUGACUCAAAGGCUCCAAAAGGUAGCAAACGUGAUCUCCACGCAAACAUCGGCACGGGCUUUCUAGGUCUCCGUGCUUUCCACAAUGUCAUGAAUGAGAAACGCUUUCAGGGACUUCCCAUGAUUCUUGAGACUCCUAUAGAUCGGCCUGUCCCAGAUUCUGGCAAAUCAAACAAGAGCAUAAGCUCCCGCAAACCGAAAAAGGAAGAAGAUACAGACGAUGGCCUGUGCGAUAGUGAUCAUGAAAUAGACUCCCCCAAAGCCAAAAAGGCACGAAAGGCUCCUUCAACACAAAACAAACUCGUCGAGGAUAAGAGCGUAUGGGCCCGAGAAAUCAAAUUACUCGAGUCAUUGAUUGGCAUGGACCCUGAAAGCUCAGAAUUCCGUGCUUUGGAGACUCAGCUAUCCGGAGAGGGACGAGCAGAGAGAAAAAGGCAUCAGGAACAGUACGAGCGAAAGCUUGAGACCGAAGCUAAAAAGAAGCAAAAACAACUUGAGAAGGGGCAGAAGGGUUUGGAUGGUAUGUUCAAGAAAAAGGAGUAG